AUGGCGAUUAUCGGUUGGUUUAAUCGGCUUCGUGGCCACGCCACAUGGAACAAUGGGGAUGGCUUGCGAGACACUGUCACUCCUUUAACUAAACACCCUAAAACUACCGUUAUCUCUGUUUCUGAGUCUUCUUCUGGCUCAAUUGCUUCUACUGCAGUCGGUACCCCGACUGACAACGAAAAGGCCAUGACUCUGGAGAAGCUUCCUCAAGAGUUCGGUCGGCUUGCUUCUUGGAGAGGUUCCUUGAUUUUGCUGGUUACUUCAGGAUCCCAGUUUCUGGACAAUGUUUUCAUGACUAGUUCAAACAUGGCGUUGGCGUCGAUUCAGGAUGAGUUCGAUGUGUCGACUACCAACUUGCAAUGGAUGAUCUCGGCAUACACCUUGACCUUUGGUGGCUUCCUUCUUUUGGCUGGAGCUUUGUCCGACCGCUAUGGGAGAAAGCUCAUUCUCUGUCUUGGCCUCUUCUGGCUUUCUAUCUGGACAUUGGCUAUCGGAUUCGGCCAGUCGUUUAUUCAGCUCACGGUCUUCCGUGGUAUCCAGGGCAUUGGAGCUGCAAUGACAGUACCUUCCGCGAUUGGAAUUAUCAGCUCCUACUUUACAGGUGUUGAUAGAACUCGCAGUCUGUCGAUUUACGCUGCUUCAGGGACCUUGGGCUUCUGCGCCGGUCUUAUCCUGGGUGGCUUCCUCACCACUUCACUGGGCUGGAGAUACAUCUUCUACAUCGUUGUUAUUCUGACUGGCUCAUUGUGUACCCUGGGAUUGAUUGUCCUGCCCAGCGAUCGCUCCGUCAAGGAAGUGAGACCCAAGAUGGAUUACAUCGGGGCCGUCCUAUCCACCGUUGGCCUGAUCCUUCUUCAAUUCGUCCUUUCGAGUGGCGGUGUUUAUGGCUGGGGCACCCCAUUUGUCAUCGUGCUCCUCGUCUUGUCCAUUGCCCUCCUGGUUGCAUUCGUCCUUUUGGAGAAGUACAUCAGCAACCCUUUGAUGCCCUUGUCUUUGUGGAAGCUUCCCAACUUUGCCGGUCUCUGGAUCGCAGGUUUCACUUGCUACGGAAGCUACCAGAACGUCAUUUAUUACAUCGUCUUGAUCGCACAGCAAGUCGACGGGCUCUCGGCUGGCGAAACCGCCCUUCGCUUCUUGCCCAUGGGUGUAAUCGGCUUCAUCGCUUCCAUGGGAACGGGCAAGCUGCUCGAGUACAUGAACGGAAAGUACACACUUUUCGUUGGCCUGAUACUCUCCGUGCUGGCACCAAUCCCGAGUGCCUUGACCGCGACUGGAACAACAAACUUCUGGGUGAACAACCUCGCAACUUCGCUCAUCAGCAUUUCCGCCGUUUCCUUCAUCUUCGUCACAACCAGCACCACCAUCCUGACCAGCGUGCCCGUCGAGGUCAAGAGCUUGUGCGGUGGAAUGCUCAACACUGCAUUUCAAAUUGGCUCUGGUGUCGCUCUGGCUAUUUCUGCCGCAACCACCGAAGCAGUCGACAUUAAGAAAGGACACGGCCUUGCCCAACAAUACUCCACCGGUCUCUGGUGCUCUACUGGCCUUGCCGGACUCGGCAUCAUAAUCGGAUGCUUUGCCGUCCAAAGAAGAGGAAUCGGCCCGAAGGACAGAGUCGGCGGAGACGACGUUGCUAUUUGA